UCCUCCCCCCGCCCUCCUCCCUCUUCGCUCUGCGUGUGCUGCGCGGCCGUGCGCUCCCCUAAUCUGACAGAUGAACACCGCCAUGGGUUUGCCGCAACACAAGCAAAAGCACCUUUGGGGGCUGUGGCGAGGGAUUGAAACCGGGAUCUAAAAGAGAAGAGAGAAGAAGGGGGGAAUCCGAGGGAGGAGGAGGAAGAGGAAGAAAGAAGAAGAAGAGGACGCUGUUAAGAAGCCCCCACUGCCGUUUUGGGGAUAUGGUGGCAGACCUGAUCUCUUCUGAGCUACUUGCAGACUCUGGGCCAUUGAGACGUUGACUUUGGCAGACAGUUACCAUUCAUUCCUUGGGAUCGUACCUGCCCUUUCUCUCCCCAUCCCCUCCUGCACUGCCCUUACCUCUAAUAAAACUUCAGUGUGUCACGGUCCUGCUAUGGAGCCCAGGGAGUCUUUGGGCAGCUCCCGUCAAAGGGGAGGUGAGGCAGAUUUCCUGCCAGCCUCUGUGUCCUCUGCCAAACCACCGUCUGCCUCCAGCUGCACAGGGGAGACAGUGCUGCCGACAGCUGGCUCGGGGAAAGGGAUCCCGGUGAGCGGGGAGCGUAUGGAGCCUGAAGAAGAGGAUGAGAUGGGUUCUGGGAGAGAUGUGGAUUCCACUUCCAAUGCAGACAGCGAGAAGUGGGUGGCAGGAGAUGGGCUGGAGGAGCAGGAGUUUUCCAUCAAAGAGGCAAACUUCACAGAGGGGAGUUUGAAACUAAAGAUCCAGACGACCAAGAGAGCUAAGAAGCCCCCAAAGAACUUGGAGAACUAUAUUUGCCCACCAGAGAUCAAAAUCACCAUCAAGCAGUCCGGGGAGCAGAAGCUUUCCAGAGCUGGGAAAAAUAGCAAAGCUGCUAAAGAAGAGGACAGAGGACACUCCAAAAAGAAGGGAAAAGUCAUUGGAGAUGCAAAACUGCUCAUGAGCUGUGGUUGCAGAAAAGGGAAAAAUGCUCAAAUGAAAGACUCAGAUCAGAACCAGAUGAAGAAUUUGGGAAGAGAGUGUGGGUUCCCUGUGCAGAGUCUGGUGACAAAAUCCAUGAAUAAGGUUUACGACAGGCCACAGAAACAUUCAACCCUGCACUAUGAUCCAGGCCUCCAACAAGACUUCACCAGUGAUACCUUAAAAUCAAAGCACCAGCAGAAAAGUAGCAACCAGCACCAUCUUGACUGGUCAGCAAGCUCCAAUACUGGAUCCACUUCUCAAAGUUGCUUCAUCAACACAGAACCCAGUCGAGAAGCUGUUAGUGCCACCAAGGUCACACCUCCAGAGCCAGGAGUUUCCUUCAGUAAAUCCCAAGCAAAGAAGUCCUGUGCCAGCAGCACGUGGGGGCAACUAUCUGUCAGCAGCAAAGAGCUUGCCAUUUGCAGUGCAGUCCCAUCACCCAACAACACUGGUGUGUCUGCUCAGCCAAGCAGUGCUUCUGAGUGCAACGGGCUGUUGCCUAUUGGUGAUCAAGACGGAGGUGUGCAGCUGGAAGCUCCUGAUCAGUCUGUUGGGAGUACAAAGAAGAAGUCCAGCAAAAAGGACUUGAUAUGUCAAACCACCCAAACUGCUGACAUUGAGUGGGUGAAGAGCACUCAGAAAGCGUUUGACAGCAAAUGCCAUGACAGCAUGGAAGGAAAAAAAGAGUCUUAUUCGAUGGACAGUGUGUUGGAUGCGUCACCAUCAAAACAGAAUCCCAUUUCUGCAAGCAGCUGUGAAAAUGACACUAGCCAUGUACGAAUUACUAUCCCAAUAAAGUCUCCAACAACAGAUACAUCCAGCCACAAAAGGAAAAAAAGGCAGUCUACAAAAUCUUCAAUGGAGAAAGCUAUCCAAGAGAAAAGUCUUCCUUCUGGGCUUGCUAUGAGCAGUGAAGUGGCAAACAGGACUAUUUCUCAGUCAGAAGGGAGUAAAAAAGAUAUUCGAGUCACAAAGCCAGGGAAAGUGAUUGAAAAUGAAUCCCCCUUGUCAGCUAUUGACAGCAGUGUGCUUAUGGACAGAGAUUCCCCCAACAGUGCCACCAGACUCAGAAAAUCUGUAGCUGUGACAUCUACUCUCCUAUCCACUGAUCUCCCCACAGCUAGCAAACUGUCUGAGGUCCAGCACCCCAAACUCACAGCUAAACGACGAUGGACCUGCAGCAAACCUAAAUCUAUCCUUCGGGAGACCUCCAUGACAACAUCUGAGAAGAUGAUGGUGGAACCCCCUUCAGCCUAUCCCAUCACUCCAUCCAGCCCUCUGUAUACCAAUACAGACAGUCUUACUGUGAUCACACCUGUCAAGAAAAAAAGAGGACGACCAAAGAAACAGCCUUUGCUCACUGUUGAAACCAUUCAUGAGGGAACAUCCACUAGCCCAGUGAGUCCAAUCAAUCGUGAAUUUCCAGGAACAAAGAAAAGAAAGAGGAGACGGAAUCUGGCCAAGUUGGCUCAGAUGGUCCCAGGAGAGGACAAGUCCAUCAGUGAUCUCAAGUUUCACAAGAAGGUUGGAAAGCUUGGGGUCUUGGAUAAGAAGACUAUCAAGACCAUUAAUAAGAUGAAGACCCUUAAGAGGAAGAAUAUUCUGAAUCAGAUUUUGUCCUCCUGCUCCAGCAGCAUAGCUCUGAAAGCGAAAAUCCAGCCACCAUCUAGUGCUGGGCCAACAACCAUUGAUGCCAGACUAGGGAAGCAGAUCAAUGUCAGCAAGAGGGGGACUAUCUACAUUGGUAAAAAACGGGGCAGGAAGCCAAGAGCAGAGCUGCAGCCUCAACCAGAAGAACCUAAGACAGCCAUGAAGCACUCAAGGCCUGUUUCCAGCCAGCCAGAAAACCCAGCAGUGCCUUCCAAUCUGCAGUCACUUGUGGCAUCGUCACCAGCAGCUAUUCAUCCGCUUUCAACGCAGUUAGCGGGGACUAAUGGCAACCUUAGCCCUGCAAGCACUGAAACAAAUUUUUCAGAGUUAAAAACUAUGCCAAAUCUUCAACCUAUCAGUGCUCUUCCUACAAAAACCCAGAAAGGAAUGCACAGUGGAACUUGGAAGCUGUCUCCACCCAGGUUAAUGGCUAAUUCACCUUCCCACCUCUGUGAAAUAGGUUCUCUAAAAGAAGUUACGCUGUCACCAGUGAGUGAGUCUCACAGUGAGGAAACCAUUCCGAGCGACAGUGGGAUAGGUACAGACAACAACAGUACUUCUGACCAGGCUGAGAAAAGCUCAGAAUCCCGCCGGAGAUAUUCCUUUGAUUUCUGCACCCUGGACAAUCCAGAGGCUAUCCCAUCUGACACCAGCACAAAAAACAGGCAUGGUCACCGGCAGAAACAUCUCAUUGUGGAUAACUUUCUCUCUCAUGAGAGCAUGAAAAAGCCAAAGCACAAGAGGAAAAGGAAAAGCUUGCAAAACAGAGAUGAUCUCCAGUUUCUGGCAGACCUUGAGGAACUCAUCAAUAAAUUUCAAGUGUUCAGGAUUUCGCAUCGUAGUUACACGUUUUAUCAUGAAAAUCCAUAUCCCAGCAUCUUCAGGAUUAAUUUUGAUCACUAUUACCCUGUGCCAUAUAUCCAAUAUGACCCAUUGCUCUAUCUUCGCAGGACCUCUGACAUGAAGUCUAAGAAGAAGCGUGGUAGACCUGCCAAAACCAAUGACACCAUGACAAAGGUGCCUUUUUUACAAGGGUUCGGUUACCCUAUUCCCAGUGGGAGUUACUAUGCACCCUAUGGAAUGCCUUACACAUCAAUGCCUAUGAUGAAUCUUGGUUACUAUGGUCAGUAUCCAGCUCCUUUGUACCUGUCUCACACGCUCGGAGCGGCUUCCCCAUUUAUGAGACCUACCGUGCCCCCUCCCCAAUUCCAUGCAAGCUCUCAUAUGAAAAUGUCCACCACUGCCAAGCAUAAAGCGAAACAUGGAGUGCACCUACAAACACCUGUGGGAAUGGGCCUUGGAGACAUGCAGUCCUCUUUGGCUACUCCAAAGGUUGGAGGAACAAGCCUUUCAAGUGGCCGACUUCACAAAAGGAAACACAAACAUAAGCACAAGCAUAAGGAUGAGAGGAUACUGGGGACGCAUGAAGAUCUGAGUGGUCUCUUUGCUAGCAAGUCCACUGGCUUCUCCAGUCACUCUAUCAAUGAAAGGCUAAGUGGCUCAGAUAAAGAUCUCUCCUUGCUCAAUGAUAAAAGCAAGCAUAAGGAGAAGCAAAAGCACCAGCAUUGUGAAACUGGACACAAAGGCUCAAAGAGUAACUUUGAAGUGGAUACGCUGUCUACCUUAUCACUUUCUGAUGCCCAGCAGUGGACACAGAGUAAAGAUAAAAGUGAUUCAAGCAAUGAUCCCAUUGACUCUUGCACAAAGAGAUACUCUGGUAAUACUGAGAGUAAUGCAAGGCCAGAGUCCCUGGACAUGUUUGGUGAAAUGAAUUCCUCGAGUGAGAAACGGGAUAAUGAUGGAAGUGGGAAUAAAAGAAGAAGCUUCGAAGGGUUUGGAACUUACAGAGAGAAGGACAUUCAGCCCUUCAGGAUAAAUAGAAAGGAUAGAAGUACUUAUGAUUCUUCUGCCUCUUCUGACUUUAGGGAUACUGACAAGAAAGCUGGCCACAUGUUGAGACCUACACAAGUAUUUGGAUUGUUAGACAGCAUUUAUGAAUAUUUCUUUUCACCUUGUGUAUUUAUCCUUGCUUGUUGCACUUUUGGCAAAAGUGUCCCCAUCAUGUUCUACAACAGCAGCGAUUACAAAACCUGCUGGCAAAGCAGGAAACUCUCUUACUCGGAUCUAAUGUCUUAAGGUGAUAGUUGUUGCCCAGCCUUUGGGAGUACAGCCACAGCGCUGAGAAGAGUUUCUUUGCUCUCACCCACAAAGUGUACAAAGUCCAUUUAUUGAAGGGCUGACAAAGAUGUAUGGGAAGCUGUGGAGCUGGAUCAGUAUUCCCUGACUAGUAUGGUGUACCACUGAUCCGGAGGGACCUAAGAUGUUGAUGGCUACACUGAAUAUAUAGAGUCCCUCGCUACAAUCAUUGUGUGAAUCUCUCACUUCUGGUUGGUAGGUGUGAUGUAAACUAAUUAUCCUGGAAUCAAGUGGUUGAAAGAAGGGACUGGUGUCAUGGAAACAAUAAACCCUGACUGGCUAUAAAGAGUUUGAGGAUGUAUGACUUGGAAAUAUAAGCUAGGUUUAUAGGGAAGGAAAAAACUCUUUUGGAUACUAAGGUCAUUGUUCCUCUCCCACAGAGUUGAGAAGGGGGGAAAGAAUCUGAAUCUUGCCUGAAAGACUGAACUGUACUUUACAAUCGGGAGCUGCCCUCAUGAUGACAGAGGCAGGUGUUUUGCUGAAUUUACCUUGGGAGCGAGCCCAGUGCUCCCGCACCACCAUAUAUUUAUCAGAAAGUAGGUUUCAUACUAGUUGGGGAAAGGGCUGAAACAACCAUCAGUAGAUGAGAUUCUGAUGUGCUGGAAAACAGCUUCAAAGAAACAUAAUUUAGCCUCAAAACCAAACCAAACCAAAACAAACAAAACAAAACAAAAAAGAGAAUCAAUAGAGAACAGAGAAGGAGCAAAGAAUGUAUAUAACCUGCCAAUGUGAACCUUUCCAGAUUUUUAUUGACUUAUAUCUGAUUGAGAUCCAAAGACUGCUCAUACUUAAGCCAUCUAGACAUUUCCAUUUCCUUCACUGAGUCCAAGAUCUGGGCUGUUAUGAUGAAAAUCAGUCUGAAAUGGGAGCUUAUCCCAUGAAAACUCCUCCACUUGCUGUAUCAUACAAUAUCAGACCAAUUGUGACACCCAGAAAUGAGAAACAAGAAAAUCUUGAAAAGAGACUGAAUUCAAACCCAAGUUAGAAUGAGAAUUGUUAUAUGCCUGUCAAAGAACAAAAUCAUUCUCCAGCAAGCAUACUGUAAGCUAUUGCAUCAAGGAAGUUGUGUUUCAGCAAACGAAAGUCUUUGGGAUUUUUGAUUAGGUUACUUCUAUUGUCUAUUGAAAGCUAUUGAUUUCACAGUUUGAUAACAGUCUCUGCCUUCUGAACAGAAUAUGUCUGCUAAGCCUGUUUUUCCAGUUCAAUAUAUUUCACUCAGGCACAGAAAACUGACAAGAAAAAAUUAGCACUGGUGAACCCAAAUGAGUUUUCAAAGUAGGGAUGUGAUCCCCACCAGGCUGAUCUGGGACUAGGAUUUGCUAAGAAAAAAAAUCAAUUUCCUGCCAUUUUCCUUCUGUAUAUUUGACCAUGAAAAUGAAUAAGAUGGAGGUCUUGCAAUAGGCAUCAAAUUUACUGUUUAAACUUUUAAAACUGUUUCUCAUUUACACAAAAAUUAUUUUUAUUUAUUUUUAAUUUUCAUGAUUACAACUGCACAUCAUUCCCCAUGACCUAAUCCAUCAAGUCACAGAUUAUGAACUGGUUUCUUCAUUGUUAAGCUAUUAUUUAGAUGGAAAAAUCAUCAGCAGUUAGCUAAGCAAAGCCAGCUAACUAGAGUCAUACCUUGCUUUGCAAGGAAAAACGCUAAAACUAAGUAUCUCUUCCAAGAAAGACCUGGAGCCAAGACUGUUCAUUUAAAACCUAGGAACAUCUGUUUGCUUGUGACUGUCUAAGAUCUCAGUGCAGCUUUUUUUUCCUCUCUGCCUUUGACCUUCACUGGGAUUCCCAACAGAGGUCCAUAUUUGAGUCUAGCCGUAGCUAUUAACUGGUUCCCACUGAGGAGGGAUUAAACUUUUCCAUGAUAACCUUGGCAUUUUUUCUCCUAAUUCACCUUGCUUUCCCCUGAGGUGGCUAAACACUGAUUGACUAAUCGUUUAAAAAAAAAAAAAAA